AUGAGUCGCGGAACUGGAUCUGGCCAAGCUCGUGGCGGCAACUGGGGGUAUGGAUACAGAUCAUGGGCCGGGCAGAGUUCAGCCCAUAACCCCUAUGUGGUCCAGAUGCCCAAGUUCUUGGAGCCGAUCGGAGAGACGGACGAUGCGGAGGACACGUCCAUCAUUGUGGUCGACUCCCGUGACGAUCGUAUGGUGUCGCCGUUCCAGACAUGGCUUGUCAGUGAGAUCAUGUCGAAUGCGGCAUCAUCGAUCAAUGUCCUCACGGAGAGGGACCAAGUCAUGCCUCCCAGUUCGGGUUUUCACAUAUCGCUCUUCGCCAACUACACGCUGGAUGGAAUCAAAGCUGUUUUGGCGAUCGCCGUGGAAGCCGAUACGGGGAACACAUGCGCAGGAUGGGAUGCAGGUGCAGCUCAAGCCCUUUCCCAUCCUGCAUUCCAGCCAUUUUCAUGGCCAAUGCUGCGGGAUACAUCCGCAUCCUACACCGACAUCAAGAUCUACAAUGGCAACGAGAUCCUCUUUCACUGGGUCUUGAGGGGUUUUAGAUCCGACACCGACUUGACCGUCCAGACCCAGUUCGUGGACGAGUUCUUCGUCAGGGAGGUCAACAAGGGAAAACCCCGCCUGUCGAUCGUGGUGGCGGUCUUCGUUGGUUGGAGGGUGUCGGUCAUGAGCUUUGAAUGUGGGGGCCGCACAUAUGCUCUGGGCCCGGGCGGCUCUGUGGUAGCGGGCGACUCUGCUCGCUCGAGAUUUGAGCUGCGGGUGUGUUCCAGAGCAUCGAUCGAUGCGGUCGGAAACGAUGCAGAUAGGCUGGAGUUCCGCUAUCGUGACGCCAACAACCGGAUGGACUUGAAGUGCUCUCGCACCUCUGUACCGGGCACAUGGCUCACGGUGUCCCAUAUUUCAGGUCCGACAUUGAUCAGGACUAUCACAUCGGUCCGUGAAAACAAGGCCCGUGUGGAAGGGCCAGAGCAGACCGAGCAGUUCGCUCAGCUUGCGGCAGUUCACGAAGGCUGGUGGAAGAAGUCUAUGGCUCAGGAUGAAGAUGACGUUGGCUCCUUGGUUGUCUUCGUGGAUGGUCUGGAAGAAGGGAAUUUCCACGUCCAAGCUCGCUCCAAGCUUUUUGUGAGAGCUCCGGAAGUGGUGACCGUUCGCGCCCUUGCUGAAAUGACUCAUCAGGAGUCGAAGCCAGCGCCGAUCGGCCCUCCCUCUCUGACAGCCGAGGCAUGGCUCACUAGCAGCGAGGCGGUCCAGGUGAACGAGGAGGAUCCCACAGGCGAAGGUACUGUGGUGGCGGUCAGGCGACAAACUGGCAUGGAGCUCAACCACCGCUCGUUCAGCACCCGUCAGAUCAAUGUGCUCAGCAAAGGGGAAGCAGGCCAUGUUGACGAUGCAGAGCGCGAUCGUGCACGGGAAGGCCGCAGAUUUGCUCGCUCGACAGCUGGCCUGACACCGGCGAUCUUUGCCGAGGAGAUGAUGCGCAGAUCAUGCAAUGUCACCACCGCCGUGAUCGAGGAGGUGGAGCCGGCUCAGCAUGUUGAAGGUCAGGUCCGAGCCGAAAUUGCCGCUGAUCUGGGCUACGGUUGUGCUGAGCCGCCGCGGGUUGGGUCUAAACGGCCCGCUGGCGCAGUGCAGCACGAGGUGCCGCUGAAAACGGCGAUCGACCCUCCGCCGGCCGGCCCAGGAUCCUGCGCCGAAGUCGCUUCGAUUCAAGAAGCUGAGGGCGGGGAGAAGAAGAAGUGGGGCCCGCGGCUCCAGCAGAUUUGCCAACGUGCCGGCUCGGCUGCAGCGAUCAAUGACCCUGCCAAAUGCGCAGGGCUGCAACCAGCAGAAGCCGCGCGGCUGAAGGCGCUCGCUUUCGAAGCUGGUGGUUUCCGAACGAUCCGUCAGAAUGUUCGGAAUUGGGAAAAGUUUGAGGAGUGGGCUGUUGCUCAAGGCCUCAGAGUUUAUCCACCCACUAUAGUGGCCAUCAUGAAAUACGCCAUUUACCUCUCCGAUCAGGGGUGUGGCCCGGCAGUUCUGCCUUCCUUCAAGUAUGCGGUCGGCUGGAUCUGCAAGAGGCUGGCUAUGGCGUGCCCCGAAAUGGGAGACACGCGCUUCAAGGCUCUCAUCGACAAGGUCCAUGCUGAGCGGGGCAAAGAGCUCAAGGAAGCAGUUCCCUUGCCACCUAAGCUGAUCGUUGCUUUGGAGGUGCUCCUCGCCCGCCUGAUCCUCGAGGACAGGAAAGCGGCGGCGGUGAUGACAUGGUGGGUUCUCAUUUUGAUCUACGCCUCGCUCAGGUUUGACGACGGGGUCCACGUCUCCCCUACAUCUCUUCAGAUGAAGGACGAUGUGCUGCUCGGAGUGGUUUGGCAGACGAAAGUGGAUCGCAAGAAGCGGGGCACCAGGUUUGCAGUCCCAGCGUGCUCAAUCUCUGGGACAGAGUGGUUGAAGAUGGGCUGGGAGAUCUUCCAGCCCAUGGUGACUGAUCGCGACUAUUUCAUUGGCGAGCUCAAGAAUGAGAAGGAGUUCAACCCUUCGCCCAUCACCUAUUCGAGAGGGCUCUCCUGGCUCAAGAGCUUUUUGCUGCAAGGCCUGAUGGAAGCUCGGCACCUCGAGCUGGUCGCGGUCAACGAGCUCAGUGGGCUGGAAGACGCAGUUCGCGAGGUCACCUGGCACUCCAUGAGGGUCACAAUGUUGGCUGAAGCUGUGAAAGCCAGGGUCGACGACAAAAUCGUCGGUCUUCAGGCGAACUGGAAAGAUCCCAGUCAGCUGGUUUUGAAGUAUGCCAGGCAAAGGAAAGAGCUCUCCGUCGCCAUGGUCAAAGAAAUGGCCGACAAGUUCCGGAAGAGCUGGACUCCGAAUCCGGAGGAGUUCGUUGUGGAGGAAGAAGAUGAAGAGGUGACGGAACCGGUGGUCAUCGAGUUCAUCGUCAAAGCCUCCCUGCCUGAGAAAGCUCUCCAGGCCUGUGAUUUUCGUUGCCAUAUUUUUGACCGAAGGGUCAAUGAGUCAGCCUCGAUCUGUGGCAGACUGAAAAUGGCAGAUGCGGUGUCGGUAGGAACCCAGGCGCAUACACCCAAGAUCGCGCUGCGCCAGAUCUUUGGGCGGUUGGCUCUCAGAUCUGAGCUAUGCCGCGCGGCGGCUGAUGGCGGGCUGCUCAGCGUGGAGGUCUUCGCCAUGCUUGGUGAUACGGCCACGGCCGUUAAGACAUCUCUGCAGACACUGCUCCCAACAUCUACACUGGGCGCCGAUGCAGCUGCCCAGGAGCUCUCGCUGAUGCAGCUCGCCGCAGUGUGGCAUUCCUGCUUUGCUUUGCAAGGGCAGUUCGCCACGCGCAGGGCCAGGAUGGAAGAGGAUCCCACCAAGAUCCCUGAGAUGGCUCAAGAAGAUCAUGCAGAGUUCAGGUCGCGCUUUGUCACAGCGCACCCCGAUGUGAUCCUCUUGGAUGCUAAGGCACCACAUAAGAAGUUCGUGGAGAAGCUCAGCCGCGAUUUCUUGGUCCAUGGGAUGGUGCCGUUCUACACGGUGGCCGAGAUCCGCACCAGGGCCGACAGUAUCAUCCAGAAGUCAGGCCUCACCAAGAAUGCAGAGGAUCUCCUCACUAUUUCAAAGGUGGAUGAACCUGAUCAGGUCACUGAUGUUCACACUUUGCUGCACCGGGUUCACGCCUUCUUUAUGGCUCUGGAAUACCUGCACAUUUGCACCUACUCAAGGAAGGCCGGACCUCUCCGGUACAUGCAAGAGCUCGAGCAGUUCCGAGCUGAAUGCCCGGGACUGCCCUAUUUGCUCGCGGCCGACUCCUUGAUCAGGAAGAAGGUCAACCGUUUGCAGGCAGAACAGCGUGAGAUCUACAGCACCUUUGAGCUGGCGCUGCUAGAGGUCCUCGAGAACCACAAGUAUCUUUGGAAUGAUGCUCGCACCAAGGCAGUCUUGGCAAGGGUCGAUCGUACCAAGCCGGAACGGUCGGACCCCCAAGAUCAAGUGGUCGAAGGCGGUGUCGCUGCUCCGUCACCUUCCAAGCGCAAGAAGAAGCGCAACAAGAACAAGGGCAACAAGCCGGACGCCACAGAGGUCAAGCCUGUCCGCAAGGACCAGUUCGAUAAGAAGAAGGACACCAAGGUCGACAAGGACAAGCGGAUCCCUGAGUCCGAGUGGAAGGCGAUUUCACAAGCGGCUUCUGCGGUCUCUGGCCCCAAGCGCUGCCAUUACUUCAAUUCUUCUAUGGGCUGCGCUCUGGGCGACAAGUGCCGGUUCAAGACGGUUGAAGGGCGAUCUGCCCUGAAUGUUCUCCCCUCACCGUUUUGGGGUUCGAUGCAGCGGCCGACAGGGCCAGUUUUUCUAGAAAUUUUUGCUGGGGAGGCCGGGCUCUCGCAAGCCGUCAGUGCUCGCGGGGUGCCGAUUUUGCCCCCCAUCGAGAUCUCACCCAACAAUUUUGUCCUGGAACCAGUGGAUAUUUUGGAUCCUGCAGUUUUUCGUCAUGUGAAAUUUUUGAUCAAGGAGAAGCUGAUCAUUUUUAUUCAUUUUGGCACACCAUGCUCUUCUUUCAGCAUUGCCCGCAAAAAUGAUGGCGGACCCCCGCCGCUCCGUGAUCGGCAGCACUUGUGGGGGCGCCACGGGCUCAGCGAAAUGGAUCAGAAAAAGCUCGAAAUGGGCAACCAAUUUUUGAGGCUCACUGUCGAGUUGGCUCAGUUGUGCCACGCUCGAGGGAUUCGAUGGUCAGUUGAGAACCCAGCAACUUCGUUCUUGUGGUUGAUGCCCCCCAUGCAAGCUCUAGAGGCGUUGCCUGGGGUUAGGCGCUUUGUGCUCGAUAUGUGCCGUUUUGGGGCGCCUCACAAGAAGCCUACGGCUCUGCUUUCUUCGGCAGAUCUUCAAGCUCUGGCUCUUGAGUGCGACAGUGAUGUUCGCCCUCACGUCCAUGAGCCGCUCGUCGGCACCGUGAUCAUCGACAACAAGAAGGUCUACAAGACGAAGUUGGCGCAGGUCUAUCCCCCCGCGCUGUGCAGUGCGUGGGCGGAGACCAUUUUCCCUGCCACCCAAGAUCCUUUGGCUGCGACUUUUGACAUGGUCACGGCCCCUGGGGAUCGCAAGCGGCCGGUCGGCCAGGACUUGCCUUGGAAGCCCCACAAGCAGCAGCUCACUGCUGAGAAAGCAUCUGCUGCUGGUUACCAGCUCAAGCGCUCGGCUCUCCCGCCUUUGCUCGCGGUGGAACUUGAGCCAGGCCAGGCGGUGAAGGUGGCCUUGAACAUUCGCCACCCCUUCACCCUUGAGCCAGCACUUGAGCCAGAUCUUCAGGAGGCGCUCGCCAUGGUUGCUACACAGCCCGGUCAUGUGCUCGCUCACAGAUCAGGCGCUCUACAGUAUUGGGAAGCUCGUGCACGUGUGCUCCUGCCCGUGACAGACAAGAUCCUCUGCGCAGUGCCUGAUCUGCACCUGCGCCGCCUGUUACGUGGAGCACCUGAUGGCCAAGCCCCACAGCUCGGCAAGGUCACUCACAUUGCUCUCUGGCGCGAGAUGCUCCAGGCAGCCAAAUGCAUUGAUCACAAGCUCGUGUCCGAUCUUUUGCAAGGGUUCCCUAUCGUUGGCUCGAUCCAGCGCUCUAGGCGAUGGUCUCGCAUCCAGAAUGCCGAAGAGCCCCUCCCAGUGGACGAGCUCUGCAACAGGGCCUGGGAGUUCUCUGACAAGGUCAUAAAGAAUGUCAACAGAUGCGAAGUCACCGAGAACACCGAGAAGAUCUGGGAAGCCACUAUGGAGGAUGUGAGUGAAGGAUCUUCAUUUGGACCUAUGUUCUCGUUUGAGGAGGUCAGCCAAUUUUUGGGAACUACGAACUGGAUCCCGACCCAGAGAUUUGAGGUCGUCCAAAAGAAUAAGGUCAGAGGAGUGGAUAGUGCCACAGUCAACGGAGUCAACAUGGCCACGUUCAUCACCGAGAAGAUUGAGCUCCCCUCGACUGAUGUGAACGUUGCAGCUCUACGUUGGCUCAGAUCUCACGCAGCAGCCGGCUCCAACAUUCAGGGCUGGGUUCUGGACGAAAGAAAGGCUUACCGCCAGAUCGCCGUUCUGCCACAACAAAGAAGGAUCAAGCCGGCGCGAAAAGAUGAGCUCCUGGAAGAGAUCGACGCGAUACUGGAAGUUCAAGUUUUUCCACCAGGUCAAGCAGGCAAGCUCAGAGGCAAGCUGAUGUUCGGAGCGAUCGUCCUUUCUCUAGAACACUGGAGAUGGCUCAUUGUCGAGGGACCGCCUCGGCCCAUCCUUGAAACGAGACCGCGAUCUGCGGACUAUGUUUUGUUCACAGAUGGUAGUUUUCCGGAUGGCAAGCCUGGCUCUCCUCUGAAGCCGUGGAUCGGCGGCGUCCUCUUCAAGAAAGGCGAGGUUCCGCUCCAAUUUGGUUGCGAGGUCGACAGAUCUCUGAUCAAGAAGUGGUUGCCGAGAAAAUCACAGAUCGCAAUGGUCGAGCUCUUUGCUACGGUCGUGGCACUUAAGACGUUCGAGGGUCACCUGGCAGAAUCUUGGUCGCUCCUUCUGGUCGAUUCUGAAUCUGUUCAAGGAGCGCUGGUGAAGGGCUACUCUGCCCGCGAAGACGUCUGUGAGCUCGUAGGUGUCUUUGGAAAAUUGCUCUAG